CUUUCUUCAUCACUACUUUUGUUUUUUCGGUCGCGUGCAAAAUGGAAGAAGGCGCUCCUCAUGGCGCCGUCUUUGCGCCAGGCGAAUGCCAGUAUGUCGGCGAGGGCAAGGCUGACUUUGCCGGUAUCGGUAUCAUGGUUGGUUUCAUUGGCCAGGCCUUACUAUCGCUAGGUGUGGCGACCUGGGCAUUCUUCCUGUCGCGGCACGGAAACAUGGACAUUGUAUAUGAAGAGGGCACCGUUGAGCGCCGGGUCGAGAAGAAGAGGCUCGAGUUCAUCUCGGACAUGCUCAUGAUUGGCAACGAUAUCCAGGUCUCCCUGGGCCUGUCGUACAUGAUUACCGUGUUUGUUGGCAAGGACAACAUGGACUUGUACCAUUUACAUCUUGCCUUUGAUGUGGUUUCGUUUGUCGGCAUAUCCAGCGCUGCCGCGCUAGUCUCUUGGACCUUUUGCGCCGCGAAGCUCGCGCAACCUACCCGCCCCGGUGCCAAAGCUCCGAAAACAACAGGAUGGGGCCGCAUGUCCUUCUUCAGCGCCCGACACCAGGCGACCUAUGGCUUCGGCGUCAUGUACCUUGCUUUGACGAUUCUUCUUAACGUGCGUCUAGGUGAAUGGGACCUCAACAAGGAGCCUGGGCUCUGCUACCACGCCUCGUACAUCACUACGCGGUACGCAAGCCAUCCCGUGGCCGACCAGGUAUACGUUAGCAUUUCUGCUGUGUGGAUGCUGAUGGUCGUUGGGGCUGCCUCGUUUCUUGGGCCAAACUGGCGCAAAUGGAUCCUGUGGACCUCGUUUCUCCAAUUCCCUGUGCAUCUAUACAUGGCUAUUGCACUGCGCUCCGAGAACCAGGGCAAACUUUCUGGCGAGGAAACCGACGAGAAUGACUGGGACUUUGGCCAGACGACGGCCGUGCUGCUCCUCGCCUCGGCGCUAGAAGAGCUUGUCCGAAAGGGCAGCGACUACCUUAAGUUUGAAAAGAUGGUUCGCUCAGGCGCAGACAUGGAUGAAGAUGGAGUGGCAGACGAGGAGCAGGGAACUGUGCUUAAAGACUUGGCGCCUGAGAGAAGCCACGAGGACCAGCGUAUGGCGACGGCCAGAACACAGCCCUUUGAAGAACGACUGGGGACUGCCGACUCAGGUGGCCAUGUAUCGGCCGUGACGGCGCUUGAGACGCAUGCCGACGACGCAAGUGAGCCGCCUAGAGGCCGAAGAAGCGGAGAACAGAGACUUUAAGAAAUCUAUCAUUACUGUAUUUAGAAUCACAUUACAUAGCGAAGCGUGCUGUUUGGUGGAAAAAAGUUAUAUUAU